AAAUUAAUAAUGAAUAGAAAAGAAUGCUUAUGUGAAGGUUAGCAACAUAAACUUAUAAAUAAUUGUAUAAGUUGUGGUCGAAUUGUUUGUUAGUAAGAGGGAGAAGGACCAUGUUUAUUUUGUGGAAAUCCAAUAAUGAAAAAAGGAGAGGUUAUAAUUGAUGAUUCAUAAUUUCCUGAUAUGGAGUCAAAGACAGCUUAUUCGAAAGCUGUAAUGCACAAGGACAAACUAUUAGAUUUUCACAGAAGAGAUGUUCAUCAAUCAAAUAUUAUUGAUGAUUAAGCUGAUUAUUAUUAGAUAGUAGAUGAUGUUUGGUAAAAUGAGGAUAUUCGUUCAUAAGCUGUUAUAAAAUUGAUUUAAUAAGCUGAUGCUGAAUAAACAAAUACAGUAAAGUAAGUUCUUGAUUUGAAAACAAGUAAAAGAAUUUUAUAUAUUAAAAAUAGUGUAGUUUAAAUUGGAGAAGGAAAGUGAUGCAAAAUAGGCAGAUGAAUUUAGAGAUGAAGCUUAAUAGAUGUUAAAGGAUGCUGAAAUAGAAGAGAAGAAGAAGAAGAAUAGUAAGACCUCACAUCUUGCAGAUAAUUAAGAUUAUUAAAAAUUAUACAAUGAAAUAAUAACAAAUUUAAAUGAGGGAAAUAAAAAAGAAUCAAAGAAAUAGAGUAAAAAAUAAAAUAAGAAUGAUCAUAAUAAUCAUGGAUAAUUUAAACCUACUAGUUGUCGAAUUUAAUUUAAUGAUGAGUACUUUUAGGAUUUUUAGAAGGAGCUUCUGAAAGUAGUAAAUUAGGAAGAAAAAUAAGAUUUAUAUGAUGAAUAAUUUUUUAGAGUUGAAGAUGGUAUUGGAUGUUUGUCAAUGCAUUAACCAUGGGCAUAGUUGGUAGUUGAAGGGUUCAAGAGAAUAGAAGGUAGAAUGUGGGGAACCAAUUAUAAAGGACCUUUGUGGAUUCAUGCAGGAGCUAAAUAGCCAGAAGCAGAAUUGAUAUCAGCAAUAGAACAUCAAUAUUCUUAAUUAUAUGGAAAUUUAGAAAAUGUGCCAGCAUUUCCAGCACGUUAUCCAACUGGAGUAUUAAUUGGAGUAGUAGAUAUGGUUGGAUAUGUUAGGGCAAGUGAAUAUAAUAAGAUUGUGCCAAAAGAGAAAUAAGAAGAGGGAGAAACUGAAUUUAAAUUUGUUUUUAGAAACCCAAGAAAAUUGUUGAUACCUAUUUAAAUGAGAGGAUCUAACAACAUUUUUAAAUUAGAUGACGAUGUCUUAAAAAUAGCAAUCAAAUAAUUGGAAAAAGUACCAGUUAAAUGGGGUCCAUACUUAGUUGAUCCAAAGGAUGUAGCAAAAGAAGUAGUUGGAGAAAAGUAAGUAGAUGACACUAUGUCAAAGAUCUAAGAAUAAUUUGUGAUAAACAAUAUUAGUGAGAUUCAAGAGAAAACUGUCAAUACAAGUGGAAUUCAAGAAAAACUUGGAAAUAUGAGUGGGAUUCAGGAGAAAUCGAUAAAUGAAUCAUUAAAGAAUGAAAAAUCAAUUUAACAAGAAAAACGAUAUCAGUAGGUUUAAUCUUUUGAGAGUUCCUUCGAAAAGUAAUUGGAAUGGGGAAUCCUCAUUAAGGAUGUUUUGAAGAGAGAUUAACUAAUUAGAAUAGCCAAUUUCUUAUAGACAAAGAUCAAGAAAUAAAAUAAUUAAAAGGGACCUUUGAAAUAGUCAUUUGAGGCCAAAAAGUAAUUGCCUUGUCAUGACAUUGUAACUAAUGUGAUUUCAAAUAUCACUGGAAAUGAAUAAAUAUAUGAUAAUUGCACUGUUCAUUUCUUCAAAAUAGGAGAUAAGAAGGUAAUCAUUCAAAAUGCAACUGCAUUAAUGGUAAUUGGUUAAAGUAUGGAGUUUAUGGCCAAUAAUCAGAUGAUUCAAUUGUAGUAGGGGAAAGUACUUUUAAUAGAGGAUGGAUUCAGUUUGAAUGGGUCAUUUAAUAGUGAUUAACAAGACGAUAAUGUUCUUAAAGACAUUAGUUAAGAUUAUGUGUUUAAAACCUGGUUGAUAUAAUUAUAAUAAUGAUAAAAAUUGCACCUUCUAUAUUGACAUGUGAUUUUUCGAUUUUCUAUGAGGAGUGUGACAAAUUAUUAA